AAAAGGCGAACCAAGCAAGCCGACGACAGACUCACGUCCGCGAUUCCCGGGGGUCCUUCAGUGAUUUUCGCCGAGUAAUCUCCGAGGAUGUGUAACGUGUAAACAAUGCUGCUGUGACAUCGUCGAUCGACAAAGCGGCCAAGGACUUCCGUGUUCCGUGAAGCUCGUGAUCGGAUAAACCAUGGAUCGGUUCCUCUUCUGGAUCUACAACGAAUGGCGACCAGCAGCGGGGAGUGCAAGAUCGUGUCCCGUGUCACAGUGAACAAUUGCGAGCAGUGAGAGUGUCUAACCUAGGACUGUGCCGUUUGUUGUGCAAUAUCAGUACGCCAGAGAAAGUGCAAUCCUUCCGGCGGGGGUCUCGGGAUCCGCUAGCUAUUGUGGCUGUGUGCGUGUCAGUGCGUGUCCGUGGGCUCUUUCCGUGGCCAGUGUGAGACCCGCCCAAAAAUAUGGAAUCGCCGCAAAUGUACGAUACGAAUCAAAUCCCAGUGCGCAGUGAUAUCAAGAAGCUAACGAUGGCCGCCAACAACAGUGCGAACGGUACGAACGGUACGGCCAACGGGGCGUCACCGACCAGCGCCAACGGGGCGAACAACAACAACAACAACAACUCGCCGACGGCGAUUAAUCAGAACACGCUGGCACUGAAGCAGCAGCAGCAGCAUGGGCCAGCCCAACAGCAACAGCAGGUCCAGCAACAGCCCCAGCAAGUCGUGCAGCAGCAGGUUCAGCAGCAGGUCCAACAGCAGCUACAACAGACUCAGCAGCAGCAGCAGCAGCAGCAACAGCAACAGCAGCAACUUGGGCUGGGACCGCACCAGACCAACGGAACGAAUGGGUUGCUGUCGGGCGGGAAUCUGCUGUCGAAGCAGAUGCUCCAGCAGAUCCAGUACUCGCAGAGCGAACUGGAUGAGCUGACGUCACAGGAGAUCUCGCUCGAUCUGCAGCACCUGAUCGACGACCAGUUCCGCGACCCGGAAGCGCUCGGCAUCUUCACCGAGAUGGUGACGGUCGGCAGCACGAACGGGACGAUGUCGAACCCGCUCGUCCAGACGGCGGCCGCCAAGGCGCUCCAGCUGCAGCAGGCCCGCCUGUCGCAGCACACCAACGGUUCCAACAGCUACCAGCGAUCUCUGGCGUACAUGCCGCAGCCCGUCCACACCGGUGCCGCCUACGGGAGCACUUCGAGCGACGAGAACAGUUCGGUCGGGUCGUCGGCCGACUCGGCCAACAUCAAGGAGGAACCGCUCGACCCCAACGAGUACCGCCGGCAGCUGCUGGCCAACGGGGCCGCCGGUGCAGCUUCCGCCGGGGCCCAGUUUAUGGGCACCGUCAACGGUUACCAGCUGCCGGGCGGAGCGGGUUCCGGCACCGCGAACGGUGCAGGUCCUGGCGGAGUGGUGGUGAACGGUGGUGGACCGCUGGGUGGGGCGGGUGGCGGGACGACACCCAGCUACGUCACCAAUGGGAACGGGAACAGCUUCUCGAACAGCCUGACGCCCGCCACGGUCCUGCACCACCAGGCGCUCCCGCAUCUGAGCGGGGCGGCCUCCCAGCACCUGGCGAACCUCACCAAACACAGCAAGCUGAUGCCGCACGUCGGGCGCAAGACGCAGCAGAAGGUGGUGGACAAGGGCACGGACGAGUACCGGCGGCGGCGCGAGCGGAACAACAUCGCGGUGCGGAAGUCGCGCGAAAAGGCGAAGGUGCGGUCGCGCGAGGUCGAGGAGAAGGUGAAGGCGCUGCUGAAGGAGAAGGACGUGCUGAUCCGGAAGAUCGAGGAGAAGAACAACGAGAUCACGCUGUACAAGCAGCUCUACAUGCACCUGAUGAACCACAGCAACCCGGAGAUCAACCAGAUCUGCCGCAGCGCCCUGAACCUGUCCAACAUGAGCGACCACAUGUGAGCCAAGGUCCCGGGGAUCCCGGGACCACCCAAUCCCUGGUACGCGCUAUAGAAUCAGAGUGUUGCAGCAGGCGAACGCGUCGUCCGCUUCCGGCACGUGUUUCGCGCACGGUUUGCGCUUCGAAUGGAACCAAAGACAGAGACGGACUCUCGCGCGAGUGUAUAGGUGUUGCGGCGGGCAGUGACUCCGUGAAGUGAACGCACGCACGCACACAGGACGAAGGACGCGGGUGAUCGUUGUUAGCUAAGGAUACGCGCAGAAGGCUGGUAGAAGUUGAAGAAGCGGAGCGGACGCGGAAAACAAUACGGCGAACCGGAAGGGGGGAAGCGGGGGGCGGAAUCAAUCGGAAUCGGGGAACAGGCAACUACUACUGUAAUCAUCUGUGACACACGGAGCGUGAAACAAUUUAAGCAACUUAAAUACCUGUACAUAGCGUCUAAGGUACUGCGUCUCUACUGUUUACGUUAUUGUAGUAAUUAUUAAUAAUAUUAUUGUGGUCGCGGGGCGCUCCCCGGGCUGGGUGGGGCCUCACCUCUCUCCCGACGUCCCGAGAACUGUGCAACUGAGUGAAGGCGGUGGGCGUGUAGCGUACGAAGCAAUGGACGGUUUUGUAGCUCCCACUUAAGACCCCCUUCUUCCACAUCGAAUCGAAUCGAAACAAAACCACGGACACGGGACAGCUGCUGAUAAGACUUGACUGUUUUCUCCUCUUAAUUGACCGCAACGAAUUAAUCGCCAUUCUUCAUUCGCUACACAUGAUUUGUUUUUGGUUUUGAUUUUCGCAAAUCUACCCAUUCGAAUGGCAAGGCUGUCUGCUCCCGCGUGCAGGUUAGGUGUCGAGGAGGAGUGUGCAGGAGAUCUAGACCUAUAGCUAGUGUGAGUGAGAGAGAAAAUAUAUAUAUAUUUUUGUAUAAAACACUGAACAACACACCUGACCUCUCUUCUUUCCUCUAUCACUAACCCAGGUGCCGGUACCUUCAACCUUUUCUUCUGCCCUCUGAGAACUCGGUUUCUUUAGUUACUUUGAUUUUUCUGCUCCAUUUA